AGCCUAACAUUUUAGAGCUACUACCGCGUCGUCAAGGUUUCUAUCCUACAAUUUCUACAGUCUUCUCAUCAAAGCUUCAUUAUCUACCAUUUCAGGGCAAUCGCGCAUUUGUUUUGAGAUAUCAUAAGUGAGAUCUCUUAUCUUUCAUCUAUUCUCAUUUUUAAUUGAGUUACGAAACUGCCAGGAAAAGUUCACGAUCUUUUUGGCGCAAACGUGGAGUUUGCUUGAAUAUCAUCCGCAAUAAUGCCUCCUCGUAAGUCGCAUAUAUAACUUCCUACAGAGUUCUUCAACCUCAAUAUAGCUGGCUUCUUAUCAUAAAUACUGGUCCCUGUUGAAUUGGUAUAACCACUUGACAUGCGCUCACCUUUUACAGAAAUCAGCGACGAUGAACGAUCGGUUUCCGAUGCUAGCGAACAAGAACACAAAAAUGCAGCAAAGGUUAGAAGCAAGAGAGAAGAGUCACCCGAAGAAGAGUUGAAGGUUGAAUCGGAUCGAGAAGCUGAUGAGGGAGAAGCAGAGGGGAAUGGACAAGAAGAGGAUGAGUAUGCGACGGACUUUCAUGAAUACCUGUGUACAAUGAUUAAUGUGUCUGCAGAUUUGUAGUUGAAAAGAUCUUGAAGCAUGCUAUUGAUGAGGAAGUAAGUGGAUUUGUUUGUCGUUAGUAUAAAGGUAUCUCUAACACUUCUAAAGGGAGUCUUGAGAUUCCAGGUUAAAUGGGAAGGUUAUGACAAGAAGUCGGAUUUGACCUGGGAACCCGAGAAGAAUUUGUAAGUUAUAUAUGUUCCUUUAAAUCUUUCUUGACUGAUCUUGGAUGCCUAGGGAAACUGCGCAAGACAUACUUAAUGCGUAUCUCGAAAGCGUUGGUGGUAAAGAACAUCUUAUGGAUCAAUUCUGGGAGAAGAAAGCGGAGGCAGCAGAAAAGAAGCAAGGAAAGAAACGUGGUCGACCAAGCACUGGUGCCACUACUCCUCAAACUAAUGGAAAGAAAUCGAGAAAGAAUGGGCAUCCUUCUUCAUCAACACCACCCGCAUCCUUUAGACCACCAACGGGAAGUUGGGAAGAUGAUGUUGUUACGAUCGAAGCUAUGGAAGGGCCAAAUGCGGAAGUUAUUGUCUACUUGACAUGGAAGGGUGGAGCCAAGUCACAGCAUCCAUUACAUCAAGUAUAUAAACGUUGCCCACAGAAGGUAAAGCUUCCAAAUUUUUAUUGAGCGUUCUAAGCUAACGAGAAAAAUAGAUGCUCAGUUUCUACGAAAGACAUUUGUACAAACCCAUGCAUAUGACUCCCUUUUGUGUACCAGGCUAACAAUGUCGCAGGGUUUUCAAAAAGACUGAAGAGGAUUCAUAAAAGGACUGAACCACGGAAAGUUGUUUGCACAAAUCUCACAUCUUUCAUCUGAUCAUACUAGAUCAUUUGUCUCCAAUCCCAUGUGACUAAUCCGUCAUACAAUCAAUGUACCUCGAGCGUCCGCAAAUUCCACGUUUCCUCGAACGUAUUAUCCUCCCAAGGAUAGGCUACAAUCAUCUCCAUCAUUUGUUCCCGGUCCAUACUUUUUUCCCUUCUUGGCACUAAUUGUGCGUAUGUAAAAGGCUUCUGCAUACUCAGGUUUUGGUUUUGGUUUCAUUGUGGUUGGGUUUUGCACUUCCAUCUGCCUUUUUAGUAGCAAUAGUUUGCGAUUAAGACCAUCAGCGAGAAGGCUUCAAGUUACUCAAUUAAUACCAAAUGUGACCUUACCUCCCAUGGCUUUGGUCACCAUAGUAUUAAUAGCGCGUCGUGUACUCUUAGGAAUAAAAUGUCAAAAGGAAUGACAAUAAAUA